UUUGGUUUCAGUUCGGUUAGGUUUAGCAAAGGUGUUGGUUGUUCGCUCCAGUAGCCCAUAAGAAAUAUGCUGCCAUUUUGGUCUGGAUUUAUUGCCUGUCUGUUGGCUGUUUUGGUCGUCCCGCAGACCCUUGCCUGGGAGUCGCCAGAGCUGCAGAAUGCGGCGGAGCCGCCUCAGUGCUACAGCUGCGAGGGCAUCAAUUGUCUGAGGACAACCAAGCAGAAUGUGACCAUCGGCUGUGCCGAUCGUCUGGACAUUUGUGUAACCAUCUACGAGGACUUUGCUGUCAGCGAGAGAGGCUGUCUGUCGCAGAUUUCACUGGCAGGACAGGCCAAGUGCCACGCAAGAAGUCCGGAGUGCCACAAAUGUAGCGGGGAACUGUGCAACAAUCAGGGACGCAGCGACUUCAAGUGCCUUCAAUGCAGCGGCUCUAUAUCAGACACCUGCAACGAGGGAGCCAGCUCCUCCUUGAAGGCAUUGCAGUGCGGCCUUUCGACUGCCAGCAAUUCCUAUUGCUAUGUCAAGAUCGUGGGCGAGCACCUCCAGCGGGGCUGUGCCCUGUCCCUGAAGGAGCAAAAGACUUGCCUCGACAGCACAGACUGCUCGCUCUGCCUCCCGGAUAGCUCGCUUGGCAAGGACGUGGCCUGCAACACUUUCAACUUGGCCUACCCCAAAUCGAGUGCAGGAUCCCUUCAGGGUCAAAAGAUGUUUGCCCUAAGCUUGGCUCUCCUUAGCCUGCUGGCCCUUCUUCUGGUCAAUUAGUAAUUUGCCAAAUCCAAAUAAAUGAAAAUUAAUCAAUCACCCAA